AUGAGGAGACUUGCUGGAAUCCAGAAUGCCCUUCAUCAAGGGAGAUUCCACCAUGGGAUGCAGUCUUUAGAAAAGGAGCUCCAAAAAUAUUUGUCUCUCAUUUUACAUCAGGAAGAGCUUAUGUGGUUCCAAAGGUCCAGAGCCAAAUGGCUUACAGAUGGAGAUCGCAAUACCAAAUACUUUCACAUCAAAGCUGUGAAGAGAAGAAGGAAGAAUAAAAUUAGCAGAAUUAAAGAUGAGAAUGGAAAUUGGAUUGAAGACAGUAAUCAAAUCAAGAGUUUGUCCACUUAUUAUUUUCAAAAGUUGUUUACUACCAACACUAAUACGUGCGAUUGGUUCCAAACAGAAAUUUCUUAUCCUUAUAUUGACAUAUAUAGCUUAUAUAUUUUGGAUCAAGAGGUGAGUAAUGUAGAUAUUAAGGAGGACUUAUUUGAUAUGUCCCCGCGGAAAGCUCCGGGGCCAGAUGAUAUAAGGUUUUUAGCAAAAUCAUUGUCAAUCGCCUUAAAAUCUGCAUUGACAAAAUCAUCUCGCCUUUCCAAACCGGAUUUAUUCCAGGGAGGAACAUCUAGGAGAAUGUCAUUGUUGCUCAUGAGAUGUUACAUUCCAUGCAUCACCUUUAAUGGUAGAACUGGUGCUUUUGUGAUCAAGGUGGAUCUUGCUAAAGCCUAUGAUAAUUUGAAUUGGAAUUUCGUGGACAAUGUGCUCAGUGAAGUGAACCUGCCAAAAAAAUUGAGAAGGAUCAUUAUGGAAUCUAUAUCUUCUUCUAACAUGAAAGUGUCUUAA